AUGCCUUCGGGCCCCUUCCUGCAGCAAACUACGGUGCCGGCUAUGGUCGAAUACGAACUGCAGGCGUGGGAGCCGCAACUUCCAAAAGAAGAAGCCCAUUGCACACCAAACGACAGCCCAUUGCAACAUCAAGGAAAGGAAGAAGACAACGUACAACGCUCACCGGCGCAAUGCCCGCAAUUAAUCGACGACGACGACACGACACAGAGUUCCGCCCUAGGAUCUUCGGCCCACGAGCCGAUUUCCCCAAAGAAGCAAAGUUUCGUCCGACGCUUCUGGAGCGAGCAGAUCAGCAUUGUAGUGGAUUUCGACAGCUGUCGUGAUCACCUAGCGCUUGAGCGGACUUUCUUAGCGUAUCUCCGUACAGGAGUCGCGACAGCAAUCCUCGGAACCAUCGUCGCCCAACUAUUUGCCCUGCAACAAGCAGAUUCGGGAUUCGGAUACUCCAUGCUUGGUAAGCCCCUAGCCACCGUAUGCUAUGGUCUUUCGAUAUGCACGACCCUGCUCGGGGCCUGUCGGGCUUGGAGGCUUCAAAACGCAAUGCUUCGUGGAAAGGCGAUCGCCGGCGGGUUUGAGGUCACGUCACUCGCUGUGGGAUUCUUAGCGCUCGUCCUCAUCUUCUUCGGUUUUUUGAUAGCUUUAGACAUUGUCAAGGAAUCGACAGUAAAGUAA